UUUUUUUUUACUCAAAGUAUUUAUUCAACUUCAAAUAUCAAAUUAAAGUAAUUAUGAAAACCAUUGUAUUCAAAUACUUUAGCGCCCUGACUUUGUCCCUAGUACUCGCCUUUCUUCUUCUUCAGGUCCAAGGCACAAAUGCCGCUGCCAUAGCCAUCGACGCCGAUACUGACGCCGAUGCUGUUGCCCUUGACAAUGAGGUUGUGGUUGUUGUUGAGACUGCAACUGUAGUUGCGGGCUCUGGGCCUGCAGCUGUCGAGUCUAUUUCUGCCGACUAUGUUGAUUCUGCCAACUCUGUUAACUACGAUUCUGACUCGGACUCUGACUCUUAUUCGGCGGAUGUCAAGCCCGUUUACGUUGGCGUUGACCCUGAUACUGACUCGGGGGAUAAUAAUGCCCGGUAUAGUGACAACUACAAGUACGACUAUGGCUACGACUACUUGAGACCAAGACCCAGACCAUCCUCAUGCAUCAUGUAUGAAGUGAGAAGCGGCGAUUACUGCUACAAGAUAGCAGAGGAAAACAACAUGCCCUAUGAGCAGUUCCUGAGACAAAACCCAGGAAUCAACUGCAAGGGCCUGAGAAUUGGACAAAGCGUAUGUCUUUUCCCAACAACUCUCCCUGGAAACGCCUUUGAUGGAAGAGGAAAAACCCAAGAAGUAUCUUGCACAACCUAUGUGGUCAAGGAGGGCGACUUGUGCUCACAGAUAUCGAGAGAAAACGGAUUGUCUAUCUAUAAUUUUAUCAAGCUUAAUGAUGAUAGCUCGACUUGGAAGGGAUGCACAGGAUUGGAAGUCGGCCAGAAAGUGUGUGUCGGCUGAUAUGUACUUUAAUUUUGCAUUCUAAUAGCAGUAUAAUAAAAUAAAAUAAAAGGAUUAAUUUAUUUGUAA